CGCGCAUUUCAAAAUCUUGAACGUUGAACCAGAGAUGUUUCCCUUUUGAUGUUCAAAUAAAUAUCAAACCAUUCCAAUCCUCAUUUUUUGCGUACGAAUCGCUAUUCUGUGCGAUCCGAUCAACGGCGUCACCAAUGUCAACUCGAAGGGAAAGCACAGAGAGCGAAGCCACGAGGAAACGAAUGAAACCUGUGGUGGGAGAUGAAGCAGAAUCAAAGACUGUAGAGGAGGAAGAAUUUGAGACACACGUUGCUGGAUCUGAAGAAAUGGAACUCAGUAUCUCUCUUAUUCUUGAGAAGAUUGAGAAUUAUACUCAGAGGGUAUCUGAGCUCCUAGAGUCAGGGAAAACAAUGUUAAAGGAGCUAAGCGAUGAAUUUGAAGAGAAACUGAUCAUGAUUCACAAGGAGCAAGUCGAAAAAUGGCAGGAAGAAAUCAGAGAAUUGCGCGCACUAGAUGCCUCAAAUGAGGAAGCCAAUGCUCUUCUGCAUAACGCUCGAUAUCUUCUUCAGCCCACUCAUGAUCAUUAGUGAGGGAGAAACUAUUAUGUGCUAUUCUACCCUGGGGAUUACUCGGGCACUGUUAGAUCAUCAUUAGGAAUUCUUGGAUUAAUUUGAAUUGGACUGUGUUCCAUUAUCUGAUUGAUCUUAAGGAGCAGUAUAUUCUCAUCGCAAAU